AUGACAGCCAUACAAGAACAAGGACGGCCGUCCGUGAGACUCCCACAGGGGACCGUCGUGGGAAUCACGCAACACGAAGACUUCGAGAAGCCAAUACAAGCGUUUCUGGGAAUUCCAUAUGCUCUACCACCCACAGGUGAUCGACGCUUUCGGCCACCGGUGAAGAUAGGAACAUCGUCAGACGUGAUCGACGCCUCUCGUUACGGGCCUGCCGCCCCAGGAAAACCUCUCUUGCGCACCGGACCCAAAUUGGAAUACAGCGAAGAUUGCUUGACUGUCAAUGUAUUCCGACAGAUUCCUGAAGAAGGCAGCGACGGUCGUCUUCUGCCAGUGGCAGUAUAUGUCCAUGGUGGAGCGUUCAAUCGUGGAAGCGCCUCGAUGCACGACACCGCCUCGAUGGUGGGCUGGUCGGAGCAGCCGUUUGUGGCUGUGUCGUUCAACUACCGGAUCGGUGCACUGGGGUUCCUUCCGUCCAGUCUGAGUGCGAAGGAAGGGGCGCUUAAUCUGGGGCUCAAAGACCAGAGGCUGCUGUUUGAGUGGGUUCAGGAGAACAUCGAACUUUUCGGAGGAGACAAGAAUGAUGUUACGCUUUUCGGUCUUUCCGCUGGUGCUCACUCGAUAGGACACCAUAUGAUGAGACAUAACGACGAGAACCCCGGCCCUUUUCACCGAGUCAUCAUGGAGUCUGGGGCUCCUACAUCCAGGGCCGUGCGUGCGUUUGAUUCUGAACUGCAUGAACAGCAGUUCCGUGACUUCCUAAGCGAAGCUGGCUGUCCAAGCGAUCUGCCGUCGGCCGAGGUCUUCCCUUUCUUGCGCUCGCUGCCGCUGUCCGUCAUCACCAAAGCGCAAGAAAUCGUCUUCGACAGAUAUAAUCCGUCAUUGCGUUGGGCGUUUCAACCGGUCAUUGACGGGGAGAUGAUUCUGCGUAGGCCGAUUGAAACCUGGCGCUCAGGGAACUACUACAAGGUGCCCAUCAUGACCGGGUUCAACGGGAAUGAAGGGUCUCUUUACGUGAACAAGCAAAUGUCCACCAACGAACAAUUCAUCCACUUCUUCCGAACGCUCGUCCCGAAGCUGUCUGAUGAAGACAUAGCGACGAUCGCCACGAAGCUUUACCCGGAUCCCGAAACGUCCGGCGAUCUCACAUAUAAGGAGACGCGGGAAAGCCCGGAGAUCGGACCGCAGUACAAGCGUGUCGAGGCAGCAUACGGUCAGUACGCCUAUGUCGCUCCAGCCCGUCAGACCGCAGAGUUCGCCUCCAAGUCAUCACCAGCGCCUGUGUUCCUGUAUCACUGGGCACUGCCCACCACAGUCAUCGGCGGCGCCAGCCAUGCUGACAAUCUGCGGUACGAGACUUAUACCCCCGGAGUCCGCGCUCUGUCCGAGACGCAGAAGGAGAUCUCGGGUAUGUUGCACGCGUAUGUCACAAGUUUCAUCUGCAAUAAGGGGAACCCCGAUGCCAUAGCCGGCAGGUUGGCGAAGAGACCGAAAUGGGAGCCGUAUCAGGCGGGAGAACAGCCCAAAACCAUGAUCUUCGGAAAAGGUAUCGAGGAACUCAUCGGUGGACCCAACACUGGUAAACCGGCUGAGCUGGUGUACGACGACUGGGCGCAAGAACAGUGUCGGUUCUGGGGGGAUAAAGUUGAAUUGACCCAGCAAUAG